AUGACGCCGGUUGUUUGUUUUUAAUCGAGUCCUGCUGUAGCACGGAGCUCUUUGCCCUUCAGCCUGUUGGAACUUGUAGUGAUUGGAAGUACGGAGCGCUCCAUGAGGCAUCGAUUGACUGAGGAAUUUGCCUUUAAUACCGAAAAGAGAAACCUUACUGGUUAUUCCAAGUAGUACAAAAUUUGAAAUUGCAAAUAAAAAUAGCUUGCUCUCAGGAACCGUACGUGACAUGCUCUGCUUCCACUGCUGUUAAUAAUUUAUCCAGAAGUUGCUUUAACUUUGCAAGCAUGUGAAAUCAUAAGCAAAUAAGCUCCACUAGGUGGGCUCUACGUCAAGUAUUGCUAUCAACAUCUUUCUAAAGCUUUAAAUGUGUUGUCACUGCAAAACCUCCAGGCAAUUGAUUUAUUUUACUGUUAGUAUUUGUCCCACCCCCAAAAAAAGGUAUUGCUAAAGCAUUGCUCAAGUGCUGCCUUGCUUCCUUUGUGCCCGCUGCUGUGGCCCAGCAGUUACCAGUUGCAGGGUGCUCCAGCAGUUACAAAAGCUUUUCUGGGUCUUAGAAAACCAAAACCAAGUCUCCUGCUCAGUAACUUUCUGUAUGAUUUGAAACUGUCACCAUGGACUUUUCACGUCUACAUACGUACACUCCUCCCCAGUGUGUGCCAGAGAACACUGGCUAUACAUAUGCACUCAGUUCAAGUUAUUCUUCAGAUGCUUUGGAUUUUGAGAUUGAACACAAAAUAGAUCCAGUGUUUGAUUCACCAAGGAUGUCACGGCGUAGUUUGCGGUUAGCUGCUUUAGGAGUUAAUAAACCAGACAGUGCCCGAAAUGAUAUCCUCCAUGACAGCUCUUACUCCGGGAGCGUCACUUUCAGGGAACAGUCUUCUAACAUGGUGAAGCAGCGCAAAAGCAUAAAUAAGCAGUCUGGCAGUGUGAGAGACAUGCCAAGGAAACAUCUGUCCAGCUCUCCCGUUUUUAACCAAAGCAGCUUCCUCAGCCGUGCCAGCGAUACGUCGAUGGUGUCCACUGUGCUGGAUGAGUCUUCGAUUCGAGAGCAGACAGAAGUUGAUCAUUUCUGGGGUCUUGAUGAUGAUGGUGACCCUAAAGGUAGUGAUGCCACGCUCCUGCAGAGAAAUGGUGAUAUAGCAACAGCAGAAACGCAGACCACAAUGAUAAAUGGCUACACGUGCAGUGACUGCAGCAUGCUGUCUGAACGAAAGGAGGUUCUUACAGCGUACUCUGCUGCUCCUGGGCCAUCUUCCAGGAUUUAUUCCAGGGACAGGAGCCAGAAACAUGCAUCUAGAGGCACCUAUUUCUACGUCAGUAAGAUUCUGCGAUUGGUCAAACACACUGCAGCAUCUCUUGCAUCACUAUUAGUGCAACUAUUUCAAAUGGUUUUGCUGAAGCAGAGUUAUGAAUCUAAAGCUCACUCAGAUUACUGUGGAAGCAUGAAUAUAAAGGAGUUUUACAGAGAGGACAGCCGCUUUGGUGUCAGUGAGGAAUCAAUAUGUGAUGACUGUAAGGGGAAGAAACAGCUUGAAAUACACACCACAGAGCACAUGCAAUCCUCCAGGGCUAAAAGGGUAGCAAGGACCAUUUCGCACAUCUUUUCUUAUGCAGGUUACUUUGUGCUGCACGUGUUGCGAACGGUGGGAGCAGCUGGAUGGUUUGUGUCCCAGAAGGUGUUGGCUCUGCUUUGGCUGGCCAUUCUUUCCCCAGGGAGAGCAGCUUCUGGCAUUUUCAGGUUGCUUAGAGCUGGCUGGAACCAACUUCUUGCUCUGAUGUCUUUGCUGAAGGUGUUUAUUCUUAGAAAAUGCCUUCCAAAGGUUUCCAGGCUAUUGCUGUUUCUCAUCCCACUGCUGUUUCUACUAGGUUUAUGGUUCUGGGGGUUUGACAGCUUUGUUGCAUUGUUGCCUCUGUUGAACCGGACGAGAAUUGAUAAAGUGCAGAGCACAGAUGACUCUGUUUAUGUUCCUGGUCCACAACCUGAUUCUUCUCGUUCUGUGCAGCCUCCAAAGGAUACCAUAAAUAUAUUUGAUUCUGCUCGUAUAAAUGAGCUGGAAAAGCAGAUGGCCUUCGUGUCCGACAGAUGCCAUCAUCAUGAUGAAGAAUAUAGCAAAGUGCUGCUUCUACUCCAUAAUCUUCAAGAUCAGGUUGCCCAGAUGGGUGACAGAAAUGAAAUCUUGAAGCUAAUAAGAAAUGUGAUGGAUCAACAUCUUAAAGAUAAGAGGGUGGAGGAAAAGGUAACGACUGACUUCCUGGCUUUACAUCAAGAGCACAACUUGCGCAUCGUAACUUUGGAAGAUCUUCUUAGAAAACUCUCUGCUGAGUUUAAGGACAUUCAGAAGGAAAUUGAAAUAGCCAAAGCAAAAGCAAUUAGAGAUGGUGAUGAACAUAAUCAACUCUUAUCCAGAGUUAAAAAGCUGGAACUAGAGUUGUCUCAAGUGAAAUCAGAGCUGUCAACUGGAGAAAGUGUGAAGACAAGUUAUGAGAAAAUAGAUGUUAUUCAUGAAAAAGUAGAUGCCCAGGUUAAAGAAUCUGUCAAGAUGAUGGUUUUUGGUGAUCAGCACAAGGACUUUCCUGAAUCGCUUCUCCAGUGGCUUACAUCCAAUUUUGUGACCAGAAGUGAUCUGCAAACUUUGCUGCAGGAUCUGGAAUUGCAAAUUCUCAAGAAUAUCACCCUGCAGAUGGCUGUAACAAACCAAAGAAUAACAUCUGAAGUAGUAACAAAUGCUGUGAAUAACGCAGGGAUUUCUGGAAUCACAGAAGCACAAGCACAGAUCAUUGUAAACAAUGCCUUGAAGCUGUACUCCCAAGACAAGACUGGGAUGGUGGAUUUUGCCUUAGAAUCUGGAGGUGGCAGCAUUUUGAGUACUCGCUGUUCUGAAACCUAUGAGACAAAAACAGCGUUAAUUAGCCUCUUUGGAAUUCCUCUGUGGUACUUCUCUCAGUCUCCCAGAGUUGUUAUUCAGCCGGACAUGUAUCCAGGAAACUGCUGGGCUUUCAAGGGAUCAGAGGGAUAUCUUGUAGUUAGACUUUCCAUGAAGAUCUAUCCUACUGCCUUCUCCUUGGAACACAUACCAAAAACACUUUCGCCAUCAGGAAAUAUCACCAGUGCUCCUAGGAAGUUUUCAGUAUAUGGCUUAGAUGAUGAAUAUCAAGAGGAGGGCACGUUUCUGGGACAGUAUGUGUAUGACCAAGAAGGGGAGCCGCUGCAGAUGUUUACAGUGGAGAAAAGUGAAAACGUAUUCCAGAUAGUGGAACUGAGAAUUCUGUCUAACUGGGGACAUGCAGAGUAUACCUGCCUUUAUCGGUUCAGAGUGCAUGGGAAGCCUGCUGAAUAAUCCCCUACACUACAGCGUGGGUUGCUUUGUUGUACAUUUUGUUUGCAAUCUGUAUAUACCGGACAGCCUACAACACUGGAAUCUUUGAAGGACGAGGAUGCGAGAUAUAUUCUGCAGAGCUACCAGUCCUCUGAUAAAGACUGUCAGCAGAACUGUAUAAAAUAAAAAUCACUUGCUCUAAUGCUCAGCUUGUAAUUGCCAGUUAGCUUUAUAUUUUUGUGUCCAUGCUGAGAGAAGUAAUGCAUGCAAACGACUCUGGUUCAUAAAGCCCAGUUAGCAAUCAGGUGAUACCUAUUUUAUUACAAAUGAAUGUAUGUGGGUUUUUUUUGCUUUUUUUUUUUUUUUUUUUUUUAAGAAUAAACCACACUUUCAGCAACUAGGAUUUUUUUUUUCUUUUAAUUCAGGGCUCAACAGCAUAUUUGUUAGCUUAGCACUGCAAGCCAAAUAAUGUCAUGGAGUUUAAACAGCCUGUGGCUACAGGUGUCCUUCAGUUGACUUUGUUUUGACCUGCUGGGGGAUCCUAAAGGGCUUCUUCAAUAAAUGUUGACUGUAAUAAAUAUUGCUGUCAGGGAAAGUUAACACAACCAAAAUUAAUUUAAACACCAGCGCCUGAGAAUGCUUUACUGUAACUUGUGGCCAUGGGUUGCUUUAAAAUUCAGGGAUAACUUCAAGUUACUUUAAGGGUUUUUACCAUGGCAACUUGAUGAGCUUGUUUAAUUGCUGUAUGUGAAUGUUUACCAAGCAGUUUAACAGUUUUAUCAGCUCUUCUCACUUAGUACACCAAGGCUGAUUUGGAACUUAACCCUAGAGAAGAACUAUCUUAAUUCCUCAGAAAUUCUCUCCUUGGGACAAUAAUUCCUUACAUCUGAUGGUCGGUAAAUGUUGUACUGCAGUAAUGCAGCACAGGGAAAAUGGGGCUGUGGAGUCUCAUCAGUACAAAGUAAUGGUGUCCAGUAGGUGGGCAAGCAAAGCUUUGUACACAACACGAGCUGAGGCUGCUCUAGGGCCCCCCUUUAGCAUCACUACUUUUACGGAUCCUUUUCAGAAAAGACUCCUACAUGCACUUGGUGUGCAGAACUUUUCUCUGGUUGUUCCCAUGCAUUUUAUGACCUGUGAACAGUUAACACAGGGAGCUGCUGACUGGUUUUCUGAAUAGAGUUCUGUAUGUUGCACAACAGUCCUCCAAUGUUUCAACACAGUCUCUGCAUGGAGAACUCUUCCCUUGAGCUGCAGCCUGCGGCCCAUGCAGAGGAGCUGCGUUGUAUGUACAGGUGUUUUAAUAUGUUACAUAUUUAAAUUAGAAUUAUCCUGUAUAAAUUGGAAUUGGGUAGUGGGAGUAUUUUGAAUAACACUAACUUAUUUUUUAAAGAAGCGAGAUAGGACUUUGUGCAAUGUAUUUUUGUAAAUGCUUUUCAAAUCGUCUGUUCUUCGCUGCCUCCAAACUGACGAGAUGCUAUGGAAAUGUUUAAAUAAAGAGUUUUAAUUUUUUCAAAGUGCAUGUAAUAUUUGAAACAAAAUAAAGCUUUGGUUUGGGUUUUUUUUCCGUA